AUGGCCGACCAAGGAGGAGCUGGCGCUGGAGCCCCCGUAACUACCAUCGUCCCUUUCAACAACCAACAAGUUCUUCCAGCUUGUGCCGCCGCCUGUGGUCCCCUCUACGAUGCCAACGGCGCCUGUGUUCCGCCUCAAGUAGCCGCUGAUGCCGGCCCCAAGGCCUACACAUCAUGUUUCUGUCUCGACCAGCGAGUCGCCGCUUUCAAGACUGCAACCCAGGGUGUAUGCGAUGAAGCAUGUGGUGCAGAAGGUCUUUCCUCAAUCGCUGGCUGGUUUCGCAGCAUGUGCGGUACCGCGACCAAGACGAAUGGGGGAUCAACACAACAAACUGGACAGGGUUCAACAGCUACGACGGCUGGAGAUUCUUCAUCAACUGCUGGUUCAAGGCUUUCCAACAACGAGGGUGGUGGUGACUGGAUUUCAAACCAUUGGCAGUGGGUCAUCAUGAUUGUUGUUCUCGUUGUCGGCAUCACCGCUAUCUGGGUCGGUGCCUGCAUUUGGCGUCGUCGCUACCUGAAGAAGAAGGAUCGCCAAUCUCAUCUCAUUCAAAAGCAUUCCGGUUCCGCCUCGCGACCAUCCUGGGGUCCCGGUAUGGAGGCCUCUGAGGGCGGCAUACCUUACGACGACGAAUCGAACCGAAAUUCGCAUGGCCUCAUGCUUCCCGGUGCCACCGCUGGUGCUGUCGAAGAGGAGCCAAAGGAGAAGAAGCGAUGGAUCGUCCGCGACCGAACAUGA